AUGCCCGUCCCCUCCGUGACUGUCGGCCCCGUCCCUCUCGCCAAAGUCGCUACCGGCCUGAUGCGCCUCACCUGGGCUCCAAAGCACACGCCGGACGAGCAGGCCUUCGAGCUUAUGAAGAUGGCCAUCGACGAAGGCUCGACGACCUUCAACUCCGGCUACUUCUACGGCACCCCGCCCGACAUCACGGCCAACCUGAAGCUGAUCUCGCGCUUCUGCGAGAAGUACCCCGACUACAAGGACAAGUUCUUCCUCUCCGUCAAGGGAGGUAUCACGCCGCAGAUGAAGCCGAACGCCGACGUCGACUUCCUCCGCAAGCAAGUCACUGAGGUCAACGAGAUCCUCAAGCACCGCAAGAUGGACCUCUUUGAGAUCGCUCGCGUCGACAAGGAGGCUGGUCCCGAGAAGUCGAUGCAAAACCUGCUCACCCUUCGCGACGAAGGCCACUUCAAGUACAUCGGCAUCUCUGAAGCUUCCGCCGACACCAUCCGCCGCUCUGCCGCCGUUGGUCCCGUCGCCGCUGUCGAGCUCGAGUACUCGCCCUUCGCGACCGAAAUCGAGAAGAACGGCGUCCUCGAUGCCUGCAAGGAGCUGGGCAUCCCUAUCGCCGCCUACUCUCCGCUCGGCGCUGGCUUCCUCGGCAACAACUGGAAGUCGAAGGAUGAUAUCCCCGAGGGCGACAUGCGUCGGAACUUUGACAAGUUCUCCGACGAGCACUUCGAGCACAACAUGGAGCUCGUCCGCAAGCUUACCUCGAUCGCCGAGAAGAAGGGUGUCACGCCAGCGCAGCUCUCCAUCGCAUGGGUUGGCGCGCAGUGGGCGGGCAUCUCGGUUCUUCCCGGCUCGACCAACCCUCAGCGCGCAAAGCAGUGCCUUGAGGCCGCAGACAUCACGUUCACUCCCGACGAGCUCGCCGAAAUCCGCAAAGUCGUCGACAGCUUCGAGGUCAAGGGCGUCCGCUACAUGAAGAACGAGCACGUACAGAACUCGCUCUUCGGUUGA